UCUAAUGAAACUAACACUGUAUAUCAAAAUAUUGUAAAUAGAUAAAACGUUGUCCAUGUAUCUAAAUGUCGAGUUGAAGGCCACAGCAAGAGAUUUUUUACAAUAGGAAUACAAAAACAGGUCAGCUAACAAAGGAGCACAGUUCUUGACCAUGGGGAUUCCAGUAGUUUGUUAGAAAACCCGAUCUCCAAAGACUACGUGGAUAUUAUCAAUGAGGAACUCCAGCAAAUCAAAUUUCUCCCGAUCUCGACUUUUAUCGGACUACAACGUUGGCAGGAGGAGGACAAAUUGAACCAUGUGGAAGUUUCUUUUUCUUACUCUUAACAUUUCAAGUGUGACGUGUUUGAUGAUGGGCGGUAGCGACUUCUACUCGCUGUCUCCGUUUGAACGGAGUGCGUUUGAAGGGGUACCCGGAAUCCCUGCAGAACAACUCUACAAAAUGGCUGACGGCUCGGUCACGGACGCCAUCAAGUUAAAGGCAAGACUGUCAGUGUCCGGCGGUGGAGCUUCAUCUGUCCCCAUUGCUGGUGCUCUGGGUUUGCCUACUGCCGCGAUGACCGGUGGUGGCGCUGUUACAAGAGGACUACCCGGCCAGAAUCCGGGAUUUUAUACCUUUCAGCAGCCACAGCCAUUUAGGGCUCCUACGCUGACGUAUUCACAUCCCAGCAUGCAUUACAACUUCGGGAACAUGGCCGCAUUAGCUCUUAUUGAUUAAGGAAAAACAACGCUGAAAAACACCAAACAUGUGAAUUGUAGUCAAGCAUCAAUGUCAAUAAAUCAAGGUUGUUUUGUUCUCAA